GGCCGCUAGCUCGCCGAAGUCCACAGGGUCGUCUUCGUCGUUCGUCCCCUUGCUUCACGCGCACACCAAGAAAAGGAAAAAAAAAAUUAGGCGGUGAGGCUCCUCCACUCAGUCACUCAGCCAAGCACUGAACUGAAGUGAAGCAGGGCGAGGAGGAAAGGCCAUGGCGGCCAUGGGGCUUCCCGAGCUGGCGCUGCGGCUCUGCGUGGUGCCGCUCGCAGUGGCCUCGCUCUGGGAGAUGGCCACCAACAGGCAGGCCGACGACACCUACGGGGAGGUCAGGUUCUCCGACCUCUCCGGCUUCACCUAUUUGGUCGGCAUCAACGCCGUCACAGCUGCCUACGCCGUAGCCUCCAUCUUGCUGUCGCCCUUCAAGUCCUUCGCGCAGUACGAUUGGCUGGUUCUUGUCCUGGAUCAGGCGUCGGCGUACCUGCUGGUGACGUCGGCCUCGGCGGCGGCGGAGGUGCUGCAGCUGGCUCGCCACGGCGACCGGGACGUGUCGUGGGGCGAGGUGUGCUCCUACUUCGGCCGGUUCUGCGGCAGGGCCACGGUGUCCCUGGCGCUGCACGCCGCCGCGCUCGCCUGCUUCGUCGCGCUCUCCCUCGUCUCCGCCUACCGGGUCUUCAGCAGGUGUCAUCCCCCCGGCGUCGUCUCCGCCGCCGACGGCUCCGAGCCUGAGCCCAAGCAUGCGCAGGAGCAAGGGAAGUAGACAGACAGGUGGUGCCGGUAGCCCAACAGGCUAGCUGAUGGGUCUUGACCCCAAGUUAAAUCUGUUAAGUGUGUUGAUGCUGAUGAUCUGAUUGCCAGAGGCACUGCUGGAUGCAGCAAUCUGUGCUGUGCUGUGCUGUUCUACUAAAGCGAUCGAUCGAGUGUGAGAGCCAGUAAUAAGUAAGCCGUGCCUGUGCUGCUGUGUGAUAACCUGAAGAUGCCAUGGACUGAUGCCCA